AUUGGCAUUGGUGAGAUUAAGUUUACGCGGUGGUGGCCGUAUUGUGUCGAGUGAAGUGAAUGGCCCUUAGUCACCUCUAGAUAUUGACUUGUUUUCUUUAAAAGUCUUAAAAUAAAAACUUAUAAAAAAUGAAACUAAUUUAUCUCAUGUUAUUGGUUUUACCAGCGGCAUUGCUUUGCUUCCAAAGUGCCAAUACAAUCCUUGUUCGGGCAGAUGAAGAUGAAUUAGAUGAUGUAGUCGACAUUGAAGGUGAAGAUAACCAGGUUGUUGGUGAAGAUGCACUAGGAGAUGACGAUGACUCAGUAAUAAAGUCUUCACAGGAUGUAGAUACAAGCAUUCUAUUCAUUAAACCAAUCUCCAGUUAUGGUGAUGUGGCAUUCGAUCUUCAAGCAGGAUUUCCUGUAGAGUUCCUCGUUGGUUUCGUCAACAAAGGCUCAGAGGAUUACAUUGUUGAAACAAUGGAAGCAUCCUUCAGAUACCCCAUGGAUUACACAUACUACAUUCAGAACUUCACAGCACUGCCUUAUUACAGAGAUGUGAAGCCAAAACAAGAGGCCACAUUCGCUUAUUCUUUCAUCCCUAGUGAGUCUUUUGCUGGCAGACCUUUUGGACUCAAUAUCCAGCUGAACUACAGGGAUUCCAGUGGAAACUUCUACCAGGAGGCCGUAUACAACCAGACUGUGAAUAUUGUCGAAGUAUCUGAAGGCUUGGAUGGAGAAACCUUCUUCCUCUAUGUAUUCCUUGGAGCAGCAUGUGUGCUAGCUCUGGUACUCGGUCAGCAAGCUCUAUCAUCCCUCGCCCGCCGUCGCUCUCCUCGUGCUGCUCCUAAGCCCCUAGAGACUGGUACAGCUAAUGAUGUCGACUAUGACUGGCUGCCCAAAGAAGUUGUAAACCAGCUUAAAAAAUCACCUAAAACACCCAAACAGUCACCACGCUUGAGGAAAGCGAAAAGAUCUGCUGGUGAUGAUUAAUUUCUAGCUCUUAGUUAUUAACUUAGGAACACCAACAUUUGCCUAAAAGUAGGCUAAGAUGUGUAUGCGUUAAAACAAAUAAAAUAGGACUAGACAAUAUUAAUUUCUUUGUCUGUGAAAAAAAUCUCUAGUGUUGUCCCUUUGUGGUCUAUUCCUAUUUUGUAUUGUUAAGUGAAGAGACUGUGUGGAUUUUAGUUGCUGAAAGUGUCGAGUAAAUUAAGGAACAAAUAGUGUGGACAGCUUUGUAAUAACGAUUGCGAUUAUGAGAAGACAUUAUUUAAUAAAAAACGUUAAUUUUU